AUGGGAUCUUACGAUAACUCUGGGGGCAAUUAUGAUUGGAGCGCCUACUAUGCCCAGGCAGGUGGCUCCUCUUCCCAAUACCCCCAGCAUCAAGAAUACUCGUAUGAAGGCGAAAACAACACUGAAGGUGUUCCCGCCCAAGGAGGGACAUUCCCCUCCGCCGGUCAGACUCAGCAUCCAUCAUAUGCAUCUGGAAGUGAUCCCCAGGCCUCUGGGGCGGCUGGGUGCUAUGGAGGAACGGAUGGCACUAUCAGUCCCACAAAGACUGAUUAUGAAGGUAACACUCGCAAAGGAUAUAGGUUUUGUUGUGGGAAAUGGUUCAAAAAGGGACGUGAUGAAACGAGACAUCGCAAUACACACGAGCGCCCUCACUCAUGUCAAACCGGGGAAACCUUUGUCAAGGGGGUCCGGGUCAUCUGUGACAAGUCGUUUGCAUCUGUGAAGGAGUUGAACGAGCACUAUUACGUUCACCACAAGAAAUGGGCCAAGGCAAAUGGCAUACCUGACCCCAGACGCCGCUGCAUGGGCUGCUCAGCAAUAUUGCCAAAGGCGGGUUCCAUUAAGAAGCAUCUCAAAUCUCAUCCCGAUUGCAAUGCACUGGUUGGAAAUCUACCAACCGACAGCCAGACAGUCCCCUACAGUGGCAGCGAGGAGGACAAUGGUGAGGGUAGCUAUCAGGGCUGA